UGGAAAGGGCUAGUGAAAGGGCCUUAGUGCAUAAGAAGCUGGGCAUCUGCCGGUUCACUGGGACGCGCGUGGAGGUGCCGGCGGGGCGGCAGCGGAAGGUGAAGUACCUGCUGCUGCAAUUCGCGGAUGGGUCGGCGAAACUCAGUGCGAAGCAGGCGAAACAAGUUCUCUACCGGUUUGGCAUCGCUGGUCCCCCUGGCCUAUCCCCUCCCCUGAGCAAGAUGCACGACGCGAGUGCGUGGGAGAAGCGGCAGGCGAAGGGCAAGGAGGCAGUGGAACGGAUGGUGGGCGAGAUGAUGGACGUCUAUGUGAAGCCAAGCCAACAGGCUGUGCCAGCGCCCUCACCUGCCGGUCCCCCUGGCCGCUCCCCUCCCCUAAGCAAGAUGAACGACGCGAGUGCGUGGGAGAAGCGGCAGGCGAAGGGCAAGGAGGCAGUGGAGCGCAUGGUGGGCGAGAUGAUGGACGUCUAUGUGAAGAGGUUGCGGCAGAGGCGCCCCGUGUACCCCAAGUUUGAUGCGGAAAUGCAGCGGUUUGGCGAGUCUUUCGCUUACAAGCCAACGCCAGACCAGGAGCAGGCGUUUCUAGACGUGGAGAGGGACAUGUGUGAGAGGGAGACCCCAAUGGACCGCCUCGUGUGUGGCGAUGUGGGCUUUGGCAAGACCGAGGUGGCUGUGCGGGCCAUCUUCCGAGCAGUGCUGGAUAGGCGACAGGCCAUGGUGCUAGCCCCAACCACAGUGCUGGCCAAGCAGCACUACAAGGUCAUAUCUGCGCGCCUGAAAGAGUAUGGCGUCCGUGUGGCCCUGCUCUCGCGAUUCCAGAAGGAGAGUGAGAAGAAGGAGGUACUAGCAGGGAUACGGGACGGCACGCUAGACGUGGUGACGGGCACUCACUCCCUGCUGGGCGCGCAGGUGGUCUACCACAACCUGGGGCUGCUCGUCAUUGAUGAGGAACAGCGCUUUGGCGUGAGGCAGAAGGAGCGAAUCAGCAGCCUCAAAACGAGCGUUGACGUGUUGACUCUCUCGGCCACCCCCAUCCCGCGCACACUCUACAUGUCCAUGCACGGGUUCAGAGAUGCCAGUCACAUCACCACCCCUCCCCCCGAGCGCCAGCCCAUCGACACACACCUGCUCGAGUUCGAUUUGGAAAAUGUGAAGAACGCCAUCGGGGACGAGCUGGAGAGGGGUGGCCAGGUGUUCUAUGUGGUGCCGAGGGUGGAAGGCAUAGAGGAGAUUCAGAUGCUUCUGGGGGAGCUCUUCCCUUCUGCCCGCGUUGACGUGGCACACGGCAAGCUUCGCCCCACUGAUCUUGAAGCUGUGAUGGAGCGGUUUGGGGAGGGGGAAAUAGAUGUGCUAGUGUGCACGAGCAUCAUUGAGAGCGGGAUCGACAUUCGCACCGUCAACACGAUUGUGAUUGAGGAUACCCACCUGUUUGGCCUGGCGCAGAUCUACCAGCUGCGAGGGCGAGUGGGUCGAUCUAGCAGCUCAGCCCACGCGUACCUGUUCCACCCGCCCCUGCACUGCCUAACGCCAGAAGCUCAGGAGCGGCUGAGGGCGCUACAGCAGCACAGCGGGCUGGGGGAGGGGUACCUGCUGGCGCAGAGGGACAUGGACAUUCGGGGCAUUGGAGACGUGUUUGGGGAGCGGCAGAGUGGGGAUGUGGGCGGCGUGGGGUAUUACCUGUUCAUGGAGAUGCUUCACGAGACUCUCACACGGGUGGAACAGAAGAGCCUGCCACGAGUGCAGUUCAAGGAAGUACGGCUGGACCUGCCUCUCGCCCCACUUCCCCCCAUCUCCGCGUCCUACAUGCCUGACGCCGCACUCGACCUGCCUGUCGCCCCCCUGCGGAAUCCCAGCAUCCUACGUGUCUGA